GUUUCAGCGGGCUUUCCACUCCGCCUCCUUUCCCUUCCCAGCCUCCAGAAGUCCAGAUCGCACGCCGGCCACCGGAGUGACCGAGUGAGCUCACCACCGCGGCGGUCCUUUCCGCGAGAGUCGAGCUCCAUCCCCGAUAUCCUGCCUUGCGCCACCGCCGAGUUCGAGGAUGCCGUUCCGUUCUUUGGCGCGGUAAGCAGGAGAUCGGCCGGCGGCGACCGGAGAUCGACGCGGACCUAGCAUGCGGCGUCGCUCCGGUGAAUUCUGCAGCAACCAAGCGGAAGGGUGAGGAGGCGCCGCGUCGGCAACCCCCUCGCACUCUCGGAUGGAUGAGGUCACACAAGCCGUUGAAAACCUGAAAAGGGAAUGGAGCCGAGUAGUUGCACAGCUUGAGGUGUGCAUUGCUGCUAUUGAAUCCUGUGUGAAGCUGGGCAAGGGGACAGAAGAAGCGAGCUCUCUUCCUAGGUUGAACGGUUCUGCACUGGAUGCACUGCAAUUGCUCAAUGCACUGCAGUGCAGGCUUGAUCUUCUAGCAGAGCAGCUACCCACUUUUGAAGAAGUUCAGUCUGUCCAGGCAACCUUAGGGUCAUGGAAGGAAAAAUAUCAGAGCUGCGCGUGAACCUGAGGAGUGCUAACUUGCAAGCAAAAGUGAACAUUGGAAAAGCUGCUCAAGAAGAGAGGGAGCUUCUUCUGGGAGGCGGAGAAGAGUCCACUAUCCGGAGGCGUAAUCUUCAGUACAUUGAUUAAAUGCGGCCUUUGUAUUAUUGGAAAUCGUUGUGUUGAUGUAACACUUCCAUAUGACUUCAAAAUCAAAUCACAUUGCACUAAUUAAAGUACCAACUUUCUAUAUUUUAUUGUUUAUAAUUCUGUAAUUUACGUUUGUACAAUGAACACGAACCUGCUAAAUGAUAUAGGACAAAGGCUGGGAUGACCUCCGCUGCAGAAAGUACUACUGACAGCCUCCGUCGGUCUCGGCAGUUGAUGGUUCAGGAAGUGGGAAGAAGUGCUAAUACCUUGUCAACUUUUGAUGGAUUGCCAAGUGUUCUCCGAAAGGCUGAAGGUGAAUAUCAAGGGCACCGCUCUCUGCUGAUGCGCACCCGUGGUUUGCUCUCCACGAUGCAACGGCAAGAUGUUCUUGAUAGGAUCAUCCUGACUACUGGGUUCCUCGUGUUCUCCUUGGCGGUUCUUUAUGUCGCCUCAAGACGGAUUGGCCUGUUCACACUGCAGAGGAAGCUGGCCGAUGCUAUCAGAUCAGGCUCAGUAUCAGCUGGAGACAUCUUGGGUAAAGUGCAGGAAGGACCUGCCCCAACAACAAAUGCUCCUCCCAAUUUCCAUGAUGACCAGCACUCGAUCUUCUGUCGCCCGUUCCACGUUGUUUGUUUGGCAUAUUUCAUCCGGUGUUUGUAAUAAGUUGUGUUAACUUGUGCAUCACUUCCCCUGCCUGCAGCCAAGGAGAAGAAAAUUACAAAGAUCAUGCUAGUUUGUCAGCCUGAAGGAGCAGUGGAAGAAACGCUCGAACUGAAUUAACUUCGCAUGUUAAGAAGUUGACCGUCACCCUUGUUGGUCAUUUUCAACUCUUAGAUGGAGAAAUCACUCGUCUUUGAUUUUGGUCAAGGCACUGAAUAAGAGAGGUGCUACAGUAGAGACCAGGUGAAGGACAAACACUUGCCAAUUAGCCAUCCACAAACACGGUAAGAUUCAGAAACCCAAUUAGGCAUCUACAGUUUACCCCUUCAACCGAGCAUCUAGCUUGCUUGCUACAGAAGCUCUCACCGACUCGACCAAAACACCAAUACCCAUAUAAGUGCUCUCUCUGUAAACAAAUACUACCCCGUCAAGAAAUACUUGUCGCCAAAAUGAAUAAAAAAGAAUGUAUCUGGACGUAUUUUAGUUUUAGAUACAUUUUUUUUAUCCAUUUCGAUGACAAGUAUUUUCGGACCAAGGAAGUAUAAAAUAUAAGACAUUAUAGAUCACUACUACACAUGAGUAACAUUUUCAGACCUGACGCCUUGAUAGAAAGAUUAGUCAAGCGAGAUCACUUACCGGAAAAGGCUUUCGCCCCGCUUUAUAUAUAAAGCAUAGAACAACAGUGCCCGGUACAACCGCACUCACCCACUACAAACACGCGCACGCACACACCCAAGGCAGGAUACAUAGGCGCUGAGCGCAGCAACACACUCCCUAGCACUACAAGAGCCACCGGGGGCUUCAGCCGUCAACACCACGAAGAAGUGAAGCCACAUAUGACGAACCGUGGGCUUCAAGGCGGCGCCUUCAGGAAGGAUACGGCACCGGAGCGUCACCACCGCCCGGUCCGAGGAUCAGAGUUUCCCCUGGAGCAACACGACGGGCAAUGAUAGCCGCGACGGCGCCUUCAAGAAAGGAGUGACCUUCGCCGUCGCCAGUCCGUCCGAAUAGAGUAGGUUUUCACCCCGGCCAACACUCACCGCCACCGAACGCCACACCCCGGCUACCAUGCAGCCCACACGGCCAUGGCAGUCGGGCAGCACCGAGGCACGAGCUCUGCCCAUGAGCACCGCGCCACCACCACCAGGGCCGCCGCCCCAGAAUCCAAGACCUUGACACCAAGUCCCUCGAGCCCUACCGCUACCCCAACCGCAGAGACGGGCGGAAAGGAUCCGCCUUUCGCACCCCUGGCCGGACCCAGCGCCGAGACCCAAUAGGCUAGCCACAACAAGCCUCCAUCGAAUCGUCCUGCUACACCGGGCGCGAGUCGAGCACGGUCCUGCUGCCGGGCGCGAGACCAGCUCGGUCCAGCGGCACCGAGUGCGAGACGGUCGAUGGACCUCGGCCGGGGGAAGGCCGGCCCUCCGGCGAGAGAAGCGAACGAACGCCGAGGAGAGGGGUCGAAGGCCGACACAGGCAGCCUACAAACGAGCCGACGCCAGAACAAUCUGGCCGCUGCCGCAAUCAACCUGCCACCACCACAUCACCUGCGCCUCCACGCCCUAGUCAGAACCACCCGAAGCCCCGCCACCCCGCAACGGAGCAGCAUGGACACCGAUCGCCACACCACCACCUCCACGGGGUCGACGGCCACCCCGACAGCGAAGACCCCCACAUCCACCGGGUCUGGGCCGGGAUGCCCAGAUCCGCCACCAGCACGACCUUGACCACCAGAUCCCACGAGCUGCAGGGGGGAGGAGUCGUCACUGGCGGGUCACAAGGGCGC